UGUUCUUUCAAUAUAUAUAUUCAACCCAAACCUUUUUUAUUUAUCAUCAUUAUUUUAUAUAUUCAACUCCACGCAUCUAUUUUAGACAGACAGAGAGAAAGAAAAGAAUAGAACGAGAGAGAGAGAGAGAGAAAUAAAGGAGAAUAUUUAAAAGUUUAGGAAACUGAAAACAAGUCCUUUUGUAGCAAUACCCAUAACCCAUCGACCCCAUACAUAAAAAAUCUGCAAAAUUUUUCAACUGUUUGGGGAUUUGUUGUAGAGAGAAAUGUGGGAUCUAAAUGAAUCAGAAGAAGGUUGCUCUUCUCCGAUAGAGCUUGAAGGUAAACGGGUCGGAUCCGUUUCGAAUUCAAGUUCAUCGGCAGUAGCUAUUGAUGAUAUUUCUGAGGAAGAAGAUGGUGAAAGAGGGAAGAAAAAGAGAACGAGCAAAAUUUUCGGGUUUUCAGUGGUGGGCCCGGGUAACGGCGAUGAAGAACAGCCGGUAACCCGGCAAUUUUUUCCGGUUGAUGAGUCUGAAACGGGUUGUGCUGCUGCUGAAAAUGGAUCCCCGGAUUUUCCCAGAGCUCACUGGGUUGGAGUUAAAUUUUACCAAACGGAGACACUUGGCAACACAGGAUUGGUGAAGCCUGUAGAUGUGGUUCAGCAGCAGCCUAUUAAGAAGAGCCGACGUGGACCAAGGUCUAGAAGCUCACAGUAUCGUGGAGUUACCUUCUACCGGAGAACUGGCCGGUGGGAAUCUCACAUAUGGGAUUGUGGAAAACAAGUUUAUCUAGGUGGAUUUGAUACUGCACAUGCAGCAGCUCGGGCAUACGAUAGGGCAGCUAUCAAAUUCCGGGGAGUGGAAGCCGACAUAAAUUUUAGCUUAGAGGAUUAUGAGUCCGAUUUGAAACAGAUGACAAAUUUAACAAAGGAAGAAUUUGUUCAUGUGCUUCGGAGACAAAGUACUGGUUUUCCGAGGGGAAGCUCCAAGUAUAGAGGGGUGACUUUACACAAAUGUGGUAGAUGGGAAGCUAGAAUGGGACAGUUCUUAGGCAAAAAGUACGUUUAUUUGGGGCUCUUUGAUACUGAGAUUGAAGCUGCCAGGGCUUAUGAUAAAGCUGCAAUAAAGUGUAACGGGAAGGAUGCAGUUACUAACUUUGAUCCAAGCAUUUAUGAAAAUGAACUAAACUCACUUGAAUCUACCGAUAACGCGACAGAUCACAAUCUGGACUUAAGUUUGGGUGGUUCAAGCUCAAAGCAAGGAAGCAGAGAAUUGGGGGAUAAUAGAGGCCAAAAUCUUUCAUCUAUGCAAUUCGAUGUUGAUUGGCGGCACCAUGGUUCAAGGCCUGAGAAGCAAUCUACCUUUAUCGAUGCUCGAAGAAGAGAUAAUGGUUACGAUGAAACAGAAACGUUGCAACUUUUGAGCCAGACACACUUGCAUUCUCCGGUCUCCCUGAAGCAUAAUAACAAUAAUCAAGUGCAACGGUUUGGCCAAUUUAUGAGACCUGGUGAUCAAUCACAUAUGAUCCAAAUGUUUCCACCGCAAUUCGGCUCAUCAAAUUAUCAAAUUCAAUUUCCAAGCGGCAGCAAUGGAGGCAGAAUUGGAGCUACAAAUGUAGGAGAUUUAUCGCUCGCGGCAACGAGCAAUGGUUCUUCACAGUGGCAAUCCAAUUUUCCUCCUCAGAUAUUUGCAGCUGCUGCAGCAUCAUCAGGAUUCCCCCAGCAGAUAGUAAGACCUCAAAGUUGGUCCUCAGAAAAUGGCUUCCAUCACUCACUCAUGAGACCCUCUUGACCAUGUUAUAUUCCAUGACUUGCCAUUUUUCUCCUUAUGAUUUUGUAAGCUAAUUUGUAAAAAGAGUAAAGGGUUGAAUUUCCUAAUACACCCCCAAUAUUUACCUAAGGCUCUUGGUUUGAACCCAGAAAAGUAGAAUUAGAAAGAAAAAAAAAAAAGGGAGACAAAUGUUUUGGAAAAUAUUUCUCUUCAUUAAUUUGUCCAAAUACUAACUGAAGGCAGGAUUUUCAACUAGACUUGUAUUAGUAUAUUCUGACUAUGAACUGCCAAUUUGCCAUUCUCUCUCUCA